AUGCUGUCGAGGCCCGAUGCUGCUGUGGAUGUGGCCUUUUUCUCUCCACACAAACUGCUCGGCGGUCCCGGAUCCGUGGGGCUGCUUGUGGCAAAGAAGAGGCGGGACACAGCGAUCGUGCCGCAGUGCCGUCGCAGAGCCAAGUUGCUGCGAAAUGCCGUGCCUGCUGUUCCUGGUGGUGGAGUAGUCUUCUUUGUCGAUCCUCAAGGCCAUUCCUACAUCCAGAACAGUGAAGAUCGUGAAGAAGCUGGAACACCUGACAUUGUGGGUUGCAUUCGCACAGGUCUGGCGUACCACUUGCACACCUUGCUGCCGGAGAAAGUCUUCGAGGCAGAAGUUCAAGGUCUUCAUAAUUUGUUGGAGCGAUGGAAGUGCAAUCCGCGUAUUGAAGUCUUGGGUCAGCCUGAGACGCCACGUCCACGGAGUCCACGGGCUGCGAUUGUCUCCUUCAUGAUCCGAUACGGAAAUGCACCAGGCGGAUUGUAUUUGCACUACAACUAUGUGGUGGCUCUGCUCAAUGAUUUGUUUGGGAUCCAGGCCCGUGGCGGCUGUGCAUGCGCUGGACCGUAUGGUCAGAGAUUACUGGGCCUGGAUGCGGCAACGGCCAAAGCUUUCGAUGAGGCUUUGAUGCAUUCAGCACAGGAGGUUCUUCGACCCGGCACCUCGCAAGCAUUCACAAGCCGGGAACGUCCUGAGAUAUCCUGA